AUGCCUCCUUCCGGAAAACGUAAAAAGAAGAAAGUCAAGAAGAAAACAAAAUCUUCAAAAAAGUCUGGGAAAAAGAAGUCUUUAAAGAAGAAAGUAACUAAAGGAAAGUCUACAAUAAAGAAAUGUGUGAAAAAGUUAAAAAAUAGGAAAUCUACAAGAAAAUCGGUUAAAAUAAGAAAAGUGAAGAGUAAAAAGAGGAAAAGAGGAGUUGUUAAGAGGCCAACAGUUUCAGGCAGAGAGAGCAAGAAAUUAAAGAAUUUUGCUCUGCCUGUAAGUAAUUCUCCAAAAAUUCCACUUCGUCUUGGCGAGAAGAUCAGAGGCUUGGACCUUUUAGAGUUUUCUGAUGAAUUACCAACCAAACAUGUUGAGGAACACAAAGAAAAGGUACCAGAAAAGCCUUCAACUUCAGUUGAUUUGGAUAUUAUAAUGCGUGGUCAGGAAGAUUUAUUCAUCUGCAAGGACCAGAAGAGGACUGGCAAAGUUUGA